AUGAAUCCGUCUUUUAGCUUGAAGACAAUAUUUAAAUUACUAGCUAUUUUUGUAAUUGUGUAUGUUGUAUUUUAUCCAGAACCAGAUGGAAAUUCAGAAAUUAUUGAUACUAAAAGAACUAAUAUGGAUAGAUUGAGAAUAUCGCACAGUUUUAUUAAUAAUGUAUAUUAUUAUAAAAAUUCCAAAUCGUAAGUUUUUUCCUAAUAUUUUCAUUUUAAUUAAAUACUUCAAGACUUGGAAAAAAUGCAGUGGCUAUUGUGAUGGUAACAGAUCAAUGGAGUCACAAUAUGACUGAGAUUCCAUUAACAAUAAUUGGUAAAAAUGAAACUUCAAAAGUGAAAUCUACAACGAGGAGCCAAAUGUAAGUUUUUUAUUUUGAAAUUUUGAAAAUCUAUAUUUUUCUUUUUUCAAGGGAUGGUGUAACAACUUGUCGAUAUAUAACAACUGUUGCAUUAACAAAUACUGUAGAGAAUCCGGAAAGUUUAGAAAUUCAGUCAAGAAAUGGAGAAAUUAUGAGUGUUAGUUAAAUUUUGAAAUAUUUUCAGACAACAAAUAUUGUUUCUAUAUUUUACAGAUACCUUUUAAACAUGCAAAAACAACAGCUCCAAGUAAAGUAAUGAUUUGUAUAUCUCCUCAAUUUGCUGCUGAACAAUGGCAAUUAUUUAUAAUGCAUGUUCAUAUUUCUAGACAUUUUGGAGCUCAUAUGCAUAUUUAUAUAACAUCAAUAAUUGAAUCUUAUUUUAAAAUUAUGUUAGAAUAUGAAAAAGCUGGUUAUGUAACUAUUCAACAAUGGAUUCGUAUGAAAUUUAUUGAUCCAAAAUCAGAUUAUUUUGAUCCAAAUCCACAUGUUGAAUGGAGAAAUCAAGCUGGAGCACAAACUGAUUGUCUUUUACAAUAUAAAGAAGCUGUUGAUUAUAUCGCAUUUUUUGAUAUUGAUGAUCUUCUAUUCCCAAAAUAUGCUACAAGUUAUUGGGAAGAAUUCAAUUAUAUGUACAGUUUGAGACCAGCUUCCUCAUCUUUGUAUUAUAAAAGAAGAGAACAUGAGUUUUUGAAACCAUCAACAUUAGACAAAUUCAACUUUAUUGAAAUAGUUGGAAGUUUGAGAUCUUCACCAAGUUUGAAAUCGGGAAAAGUUGUUAUUCAGCCAGAAAAAUACAAUUCAACAUGGAUUCAUUUCAGUCAAAACCAUUCAAAAAGAAGCAGGUAAGAAAGGAACUAUAGUGUUGAGAAAAUUAAUUUUUUUUUUCAUAGAUUUGAAAUUCGGUCACCUCAUUUGGUCCACGUUCAAAGACCAAAACAACAAAACGGAAAUGAUACAAUAAAAGACUUAUGGAAAAUGACAUUUGAUCAACUCAAUGAAACUAUUAGAGAAAUGGACGUUUUAGCAUUACAACUCGAUUUUUUAAUGUGAGAUAAUAAUAUCUCGAUAUCAAAUGCUCAACAUUGAAACUUUCAGGAGAAAAAACGAUUCAGAAGUUAUUCAAGAGAUGCAACAUAGAUUACCAGAUUCUGAUUUUUAUCUUCCAAUUGUUUUCAAAUGUUAUUAUGAUAGAUUUUAUUCUUGGGCUUUUGAUGCGAAACAACAAAGUGAUAAUUUUGGAACAUGCCCGAAUGCUGAUGAAUGUUAUCUUCCACAACGACAAGAAUAUCCGUGUAUACAUUCUGAUGCAAAUUAUAAAUCAGGUCCAAAAAUGAAACCAUUCAGUUUUCAUUAUGCUACAGAUAUUACGUGGUCUGACCAAAUCGGAUGUUAUCAAUAA